AUGUACAUCAAGGUUCAAGAACUUACUGAGGAUGAGACUCUAAUUGGGCAGACUGUAUUGGCAUUGGUGAGGCUGAGUGAGGACCAUCCUAGCCUAGUGUGCCAGAGUGUGGUUACGAAAACUGAGGGGGAGGCUGACAAGGUUCCCAUCCGGGCUAUGCAGGGUUUAGUUCUUCAUCCUCUUGUGGCAUGCCAGGACAGCGCACAAGCCAGCAAGCAAGGGAGUGCCGAUGGAUGCACUGAUUGGUCUGUCGAUAUCAAGAAAUAUCAAGUUUUGGUUGGAGAGCCUGUUCGAAUCAAAUGUGCCCUCUUUUACGGUUAUAUCAGAGCAAAUUACUCCCUGGCCCAAAGUGCUGGACUCAGUUUGAUGUGGUACAAAAGCUCUGGCCCUGGAGACUUUGAAGAGCCAAUAGCCUUUGAUGGAAGUAGAAUGAGCAAGGAAGAAGACUCCAUUUGGUUCCGGCCAACACUACUGCAGGACAGUGGUCUUUACGCCUGUGUCAUCAGAAACUCCACUUACUGUAUGAAGGUAUCCAUCUCACUGACAGUGGGCGAAAAUGACACUGGACUCUGCUACAAUUCCAAGAUGAAAUACUUUGAUAAAGCUGAACUUAGCAAAAGCAAGGAAAUUUCAUGCCGUGACAUAGAAGAUUUUUUACUACCAACCAGAGAACCUGAAAUCCUAUGGUAUAAGGAAUGCAGGACAAAAACAUGGAGGCCAAGUAUUGUGUUCAAAAGAGAUACACUGCUUAUAAGAGAAGUCAGGGAAGAUGACAUUGGAAAUUACACCUGUGAAUUAAAAUAUGGAGGCUUUGUUGUGAGAAGAACUACUGAAUUAACUGUUACAGCCCCUCUGACGGAUAAGCCACCCAAGCUUUUGUAUCCUGUGGAAAGUAAACUGACAAUUCAGGAGACUCAGCUGGGCGACUCAGCUAAUCUAACCUGCAGAGCUUUCUUUGGGUACAGUGGAGAUGUCAGUCCUUUAAUUUACUGGAUGAAAGGAGAGAAGUUUAUUGAAGAUCUGGAUGAAAAUCGAGUUUGGGAAAGUGACAUUAGAAUUCUCAAGGAGCAUCUUGGGGAACAGGAAGUUUCCAUCUCAUUAAUCGUGGACUCUGUAGAAGAAGGUGACUUGGGAAAUUACUCCUGUUACGUUGAAAAUGGAAACGGGCGUCGGCAUGCCAGUGUUCUCCUUCACAAACGGGAGUUGAUGUACACAGUUGAACUUGCUGGAGGGCUUGGUGCUAUCCUUUUGCUGCUUGUUUGUCUGGUGACCAUCUACAAGUGUUACAAGAUAGAAAUCAUGCUCUUCUACAGGAAUCAUUUUGGGGCCGAGGAGCUGGAUGGAGACAAUAAAGAUUAUGAUGCCUAUUUAUCAUACACCAAAGUGGAUCCUGACCAGUGGAAUCAAGAGACUGGAGAAGAAGAACGCUUUGCUCUUGAAAUCCUACCUGACAUGCUUGAAAAGCAUUACGGAUAUAAGUUGUUUAUACCAGACAGAGAUUUAAUCCCAACUGGAACCUACAUUGAAGACGUGGCGAGGUGUGUAGAUCAAAGCAAGAGGCUGAUUAUUGUCAUGACCCCAAACUACGUAGUCAGAAGGGGCUGGAGCAUCUUUGAGCUGGAGACCAGACUUCGAAACAUGCUGGUAACUGGAGAAAUCAAAGUGAUACUCAUCGAAUGCAGUGAACUACGAGGGAUUAUGAACUACCAGGAGGUGGAAGCCCUCAAGCACACCAUCAAGCUCUUGACGGUUAUUAAAUGGCACGGACCAAAAUGCAACAAGUUGAACUCUAAGUUCUGGAAACGUUUACAAUACGAAAUGCCUUUUAAGAGGAUAGAACCCAUUACACACGAGCAGGCUUUAGAUGUUAGCGAGCAGGGGCCUUUUGGGGAGCUGCAGACUGUCUCGGCCAUUUCCAUGGCCGCGGCCACCUCCACAGCUCUAGCCACUGCCCAUCCAGAUCUCCGUUCCACCUUUCACAACACGUACCAUUCACAAAUGCGUCAGAAACACUACUACCGAAGCUACGAGUAUGACGUACCUCCUACCGGCACCCUGCCUCUUACCUCCAUAGGAAAUCAGCAUACCUAUUGUAACAUCCCUAUGACACUCAUCAACGGGCAGCGGCCACAGACAAAAUCGAGCAGAGAGCAGAAUCCAGAUGAGGCCCACACAAACAGUGCCAUCCUGCCGCUGUUGCCAAGGGAGACCAGUAUAUCCAGUGUGAUUUGGUGA